CCUUGAGAGAUGCGACCUCUCAGCCAUAAAAUAGUGACCGACUUUUCUGCCACGCCCUCUCCAGCGGAUUUUUAAGCUCCCAGUGUUUCUGUGCACAUUACCAAAGAUAAGUGUGGUUUUAAGGUUUAAAAAAUCAUAUAUAUAUAUAUAUAUAUAUAUAUAUAUUUACAAACCAAUUUAGGCAUUUUUUGGUCCUUGUUCUUAAAAAUUUCACUCUAUAGAUGAGAUUAUCCACAUUUGGGUGGUCUACUAUUUGUGGGUUUAAAGUGGAAAAGAAAAGAAAAGAAUUAAAAAAAGAAGAAAAGCAAGAUGUGUGAGCUUUACAAUCAUACAUCAUGAUUUAAGAAUGUGAUUUUCACUAAAAGAGGGUUCUUUUCUUUGUUUUAGGGUCGUUUGUUGUUUUGGGUUUUGUGAUUUGCAGAUAAAGAUAAGUAAAGAUUGUGGCUUUUGUUAAAGAGAAGCUAAGGGUGUGUGGUGUUUCUGAGUUGUAGUCAAAAGUUCAUGCUCUGGCUUCUUGGGUUCCUGUUGCGUUCAGAGAAGAAUUAGACAACUUGGAAAAAGUUCCCAGUGUAUUUGUUUCCUUAUCUUUUUUGCGUUUUCAUGCUGUCCAAACACUUUCCAUCAAUUGAUGGUAUAGCCAUUUGUUUUGGGCUUGGGUUAGUUCACUAGAAUUUCUGAAAUUUUAAGCAGUUCUUUGAGGCAAUUUAUCAGUUAUUUCGUCUGAUGUGAUAUAAAUAGACCUAAAGAUGAGAUAACUUGGAAAAAAGUUCACUUUCAUGGGGUUUUCUUGCUAUCCAAACAUUUUCAAUCAAUUUAAGGUAUAUCUAUUGAUUUUGGGCUUGGGUGAGUUCCACUAGAAUUUGUGAAACUUUAAGCAGUUCUUUGAGGCAAUUUAUCAGUUAUUUUCUGUGAUGUGAUAUAAAUAGAUUGAAAGAUGAGAUCUUUGAGUGGUGUAGGACUUGCUUUGAGUAUUGUUUUUGGGGGUCUUCUACUUGCUCUUGUUGCUGAACUCUACAUCUUGCUAUGGUGGAAAAAGAGAAUCACCAACAGAGACACUGAAGAUGAAUAUAUCAGCCCAGCAAGAGAGUUUCUGUGUUUGUUGUGUUGGAAAAGACCAUCUUCAUCUUUCAGCUCCACAGCUCUGAAUCCCCAAGAACUAUGUUCCUCUUUGAGAAUCAUAGACACCCAUGUCCAUGAACCACAAUCUCAGCUCCAUCUGCACUCAAACCAGGGCUUGUGGCUCAAACCCUUUGAAGAGUAUGGUCCAGAGACUGAGCUCAUGAGGCUGCAAAACAUCUCAGGCCCACCAAGAUUUCUCUUCACCAUCAAAGAAGAAACAAAGGAGGAUUUGGAGUCUGAAGAUGGCAAUAAGUCUAGGGAUGGGUUGAGAAGUAGAAGCUUGAGUGAUUUGGUUGUCACAGUGGAGACUCCAUUUCUGACCCCUCUUGCUUCACCACCAUACUUCACUCCUCCUCUUACCCCUAAUUUGGACUUGUCAUACAACCACCAUGGAUUCAACCCUCUCUUUGAAUCAUCAAUUGAUGCAGAGUUCAAUAGGAUUAGGGCAUCACCACCUCCGAAGUUCAAGUUCUUGAGAGAUGCUGAGGAGAAACUUUGUAGAAGAAAAAUGAUGGAAGAGACUGAGACUGAGACUGAGACUGAGACUGAGAAUGGAAUUCACAAGAGUGAUGAGGAAAAUGAGUCUUUUAUCACACUUAUUGUUGACAAGAACAAAGAGGGGAGAGAGCUAAAUCACCAUCAUGAUAUACCACUGUACCAUUCAAGCUCUUCACAGGUACUUCCUCUAGCUUCUUCUCCUUCAACAUUCACAACACCAGCUAACAAGAAAGCCAUCUUACAUUAGAACUCCAUCAACUGAACCAACCAAAUUGGGUACACUCUUUUUUUUUUUUUUUUUUUUUUUUUUUUUUUUCUCUCUCUCUGUUUGUAUGCAUUCUACAAGAAAUUUUCUUUUUUCGGAUUUGGGUUUUCUUUUUUCUUCCUAAUUGUAUUGUGGGUGUUUGGGAAUGAAUUUAGUGGCUGAUCUGCAAAACCCCUGUUCAAUGUUAUCUUGAAUAUUCAUUAGGUAGACAACAUCGAGAGGUGGUCUGAUGCUAGUGGGAGAACUGUGUAGCCUGUGGGGUGGUUUGUUUUAUUCAAUCGCCAUUUCUUCUGAGUUCUCUGGUACUGUACAUUCAUGUGGGUAAUAGUACUAUUGAUUUUUAUCAAAGAA